AUGUCACCCAAUCCCUCCAUAGCAGCCUACGGCUUCACAGCCGUCCCCCGCUCCGUCACCGCGCUCCUCUCUCUCUCCACCGCCUCCGCCGACUCCCUCGCGGUGCCAAUCACCAUCUCCUCAAUCCCCAUCCCCUCUUCGCCGCUAGCGAGCAAGGUGCAAGAGUACGCGCAGAAAGAAUUAGCUGUCGAGACUUUUAAUCACAGCAUGCGUGUUUACUAUUACGGCCUUGCAAUCCUCCAACACGCAUUUCCAACCUGGUCCACGCCCUCCUUCACCGAAACCUACUUCCUAUCCUGCAUGCUCCACGACAUCGGCACCACCUCCACCAACCUAGUCUCCACGCUCCUAUCCUUCGAGUUCCACGGGGGUCUAAUUUCCCUAUCCCUCCUAAAAGGCCUCUCCUCACCCAUCGCACAAGCCGAAAGCGUCGCGGAAGCCAUCAUCCGCCACCAGGAUCUCGGCACAACAGGCACCCUAACGCGCAUGACGGCGCUCCUGCAACUAUCCACCAUCCUCGACAACAUGGGCGCGAACCCGCACCUCGUGGCCACGGCUACCAUCGAGGACGUCGUCAAGGCCUAUCCGAGACGCGGGUGGAGUGCGUGUUUCGCGGCGACGAUCCGUAGGGAGAAUGGCUUGAAGCCCUGGGCGCAUACGACGCAUUUGGGGGAGUUGGAUUUCCCGACGGGGGUUGAGGGGAAUGCGUUGAUGGCGCCUUAUGAUGGGUGA